AUGAGCCAUAUAAUCAACCGUUUAUCAGAAGAUAUUAAUGAAAUAUUAAACAAGAACGAAUACCACUCUCCUGAAGAGAGUGAUCCGGAGAAUGAUCCAAACGCAUCCACAGACUGCAAAAACCUUUUUGUUUACAAAUUAUCAUGGAGAUCUGAUGAAUUAACGAACCUUCUACAUUCAAUUGACGAGUACGUGGAAAAAUAUUUUCCAGAAAAUAAGAGAGUACGUCCUCGUAUCCUUAAAGAUGAAUUUUGGAAAAAUAAGAAAGUACCACCAAAUUUAAAUUGGUGGACACUUAAAGACGGAAAGCGAGAAUCUCCCUCAGUCCAUAAAUCUAUUGACGAAGAAUCAGAUGAUGAGUCGGAAUCGGAGAGCGAAGAGGAGGAACAAAGUCAACAAAGUCAACCAAGUUAUGAUCUCAACGUCGAUAAAUUAGAUAUAAAUGCUGAAUCUGAUGAAGAAGAAGAGGGUGAGGAUGAGAAAACUUCUCAACAAACACGAUCAUCAAAAAGAAUUUCAAAAAAUAAAAAAUCCACAAAUAAAAACAACGAAGCACUUGAUGAAUUGCAGGAAGUUAUUGACAACAUGCGUGAUCAAUCGAAAAAAACAAAUAAAAAAUCAUCAUCCAAACCAUCGUCCCAAGAACAGGAACAUAUUCAUGAUAAUGUUCCUAAGAGAACCUCAAAAGAAAAAGAAAAAGAACAAUAA